UUAGCAUGGCCCAAAAAAAAAAAAAAAAAAAAGAAACUGCCCCCGCGGAGGAUAUCACGUCCUUCCCGCACUUUUUCUAGGAACGUUCGCGGGAAUGUCGCUCGGCGGAGUGUACAGCCGGGCUAGGUCCCACGUGCACGCGGUGCGCCCUGAUGACGGAGAACCGGCUAUGGCGCCACCAUCGUUCUCGUUCUUGUUGCUGGCCAUCUUGAACUCCAUGCUGACUGCAGGCUCUUUCGCGCGUGACCUCUCCCGUCUUCCUCCCACACGUUCUCGCUCUCGUUCCUGGCUGAGCUGCCAGUCGUCUGCCACGUGUACGUUGCUCUUAGCCGCCAUCGCCGUCGCCAUCGCUCUCUUCUCGGAUCUGCCCAUUGCAUUGUCGAAAGAAUGUACCAAUAUUCCAACUCAGCCCAAGUUCUUGAACAGCAAUCUGCACAACUUCAGUCAGUCUUUCCCCUUUCUUCAACCCGAUCUCGCGACUGCGAACCCCCCGGGAUCCCGAUCCCCUCGUCGCGACAGACUUCUUCUUCAUCAUCAUCAUCGUCAUCAUCAUCAUCGUCAUCAUCAUCAUAGCUACUAUCGUCUAGAGGAUGUGCUGGCAAGGGUUCGUCGAACUCUCACUGAAACUUCGUUGGACAAAGAACCUGUUCCGCGGCAAGGACACACGGGGAACAUCGUGGCGAAGGGCGAGGGUGCGAACUCUCACCGAAGCUUCGUUGAAGAUUCAUCAGAUGUUUCGUUCGAAUUCAAGUCGUCAUCGUCCUCCUCUUCAUCGUCACUUUCAUCAUCUCGCCGAAGCUUCGUUGAAGAUUCUUCCUCGUCGUUAGCCUUUCUUCACCCUGUCGAAUUGCAUGAUGUGCGGCUGCAUCCAGAUUCACCGCAAGGGAUGGCGCAAGAGACAAACCUCGAUUACCUUCUCAUGUUGGAUGUUAACCGGCUGGUAUGGAGCUUCCGGAAAACAGCAGGACUGCUGCUACAGGACAGGCCAUAUGGGGGUUGGGAGGACCCGAAAUCGGAACUAAGGGGUCAUUUUGUUGGUCAUUAUCUCAGUGCAUCGGCCAUGAUGUGGGCUAGCACUGGAAAUAGGCGUCUGUUCGAGAGGAUGAAGGACUUGGUGGAGGCGCUGGCAGAGUGUCAGAAAGCGAUCGGCUCAGGCUACUUGUCGGCGUUUCCUGAGGAGUUUUUCGAUCGGUUCGAGGCUAUCAAGCCUGUGUGGGCACCCUACUACACAAUACACAAGAUAAUGGCAGGGCUUUUGGAUCAGUACCUCUUUGUUGGGAACAAGCAAGCACUGGGAAUGGUUGUGGACAUGGCGACCUACUUCGGUGAUCGUGUGAAGAAUGUAAUUGCCCGGUACACGAUCGAGAGACACUGGCAGUCGCUGAACGAGGAAGUCGGUGGAAUGAAUGACGUCUUAUAUCGACUCUACACAGUUACGAAAAAUCCCGAGCACUUGGAACUGGCACAUCUUUUUGACAAGCCAUGCUUCUUGGGGCCCCUGGCACUGAAGGUUGAUGAGUUAUCGGGAUAUCACGUCAACACGCACAUUCCAGUCGUGAUUGGUGCACAGAUGCGGUACGAGGUUACACAUGAUGUCAUCUACAAGGGAAUUGCAGAGUUCUUUAUGGAGAGUGUCAAUGCCUCUCAUACGUAUGCGUCGGGAGGAACCUCUGCGUGGGAGUUUUGGCAGGACCCUAAGCGGCUUGGCAAUACGCUGCAACAGACGGAUCAGGAAUCUUGCACAACGCACAACAUGCUGAAGGUGGCCAGAAAUUUGUUCCGCUGGAGUCGUAACCCGGUUUAUGCAGAGUACUAUGAGCGAGCAUUGACGAAUGGUGUGUUGGGCAUCCAGCGAGGGCCCGAGGAACCGGGCGUCAUGAUUUAUUUCCUACCCAUGGGACCUGGUAACUCCAAGGCAAGAGGACCAAUGGGGUGGGGCAAACCGUUUGAGUCCUUCUGGUGUUGCUAUGGGACAGGGAUAGAAUCCUUCUCAAAGCUCGGCGAUUCAGUAUAUUUCCAGCAGUGGGAGCCAAAGCCAGCUUUGUACGUGACGCAGUUUGUUUCAAGCGACCUGACAUGGACUGUUGGCGGCCUGUCUGUCAAGCAGACUGUCACUCAGCCGACGUCAGUUAAUCCUGUUCUGACGUCGGUUUUGAGCUUCGUAACCCUGGAAGGAGCCUCGAUGAAAUCAGCGGCGGAUGUGUACGUCAGAAUUCCUGGUUGGGCAAAAGAUGGAUCAUCAAAGGCGAUUCUGAAUGGGAAGAGUCUUUCAGAGACCUUGGUAUCAGGGAGCUUUGUGAAGAUCACCAGGGACUGGAAGACCGGGGACAAGCUGGAGGUUAACUUCACCCUCACGCUUCGCACCGAGAGAAUCCAAGAUGACAGGCCAGAGUUCCGGCAGUUGCAUGCAAUUUUGUUCGGUCCAUAUCUUCUGGCGGGCAUGAGUAGCGGGGAUUGCGACUUAGCGCCAGGGAUUAACGCCUCACGUCCUGAAGAUUGGAUCGUCCCUGUGCCAGAGGACCACCGGGCUCAGCUCGCGACUCUUAUUCUCAAGCCAUGGCCGUUCGUGACUCUGUCGGAGACGGCUCUUGCCAACGAUGCACAGUCCGUCACUAAAUCUGAGUUACAGACGCGUGCUGACGAUCAUGCUUCUCCGGAUGGGGGGAGCAAGGACUUGGAAAGAAUCGAAAGUUAUGCCGAUGACGAGGAUCGUCGAUUUCUGCGCCAGCUGGGGUCCCAAUUGAACCAAGUUGGUGGAAAAUUUAAUGGAAGAACGCUGUCGCUGCAGAGGCGAGGCGGCUACCUUGUUGCCGCACCAGAGCCCUUAGAGGGUACGAACGAGGCGGCAGCUUCGAGAUUCUGGUUGGUCAGCUCUUUGAGUACGAAGCUUGCAGCUCUCGAGAAGGAGGGAGGACCUAAGACCGACAGUCGUGACGCUGGAGAUGAGAAAUCAUCCUGGCGUGCGUCCGGCAAAGAAUCUAAUAAUCGUUACGGCCCUGAGAAAUCGUCCGGCGAUGUCUUGGCAGGCAAUGAGGACCUUGUGUCCUUUGAGUCUCUGGAACGACCGGGCUAUUACAUGGUUCAUGCGGACAAUGGAUCGGCAAUGAUGGUCGAAAUGAGCGAAGGGCGAAACCUUUGGGGAAGCCAGUUUAAUGCGAUGGCGACUUUCAAAAGGGUGCCCGGGGAGUUUGGCUAUCGUACGGCUUCAUUCGAGUCGAUAGUCAUGCCAGGAUAUCUGCUGAGUAUGUAUAACGGGCGAAGGGAUCUGAACACGCCAACGGGAUGGACGGUAUCGUUUCAGAAACGGCGGAGCACGUGGGUGUUUGUGUCGAUGAGCAGUUUCUAUCUCCGCGAGGGCGAGCCUCCGUCCGAUGUCAGUUUUGUUGCGCGCGGGAGGAACCAAAAAUUCCCGCUGUUUCCGAUCUCCGCCUUUAAGGAUGAAACCUACACAACCUACUUCCGAGUUCCCGGCGGGCCCGUGAGGUAGGCACCAGGGGGAAUCUAAUGUAUAAAUUGACGGUUGACUUCAGUGCGUAAAAAAAAUCUGACGACGCAAACCGGAUGGUUGGUGGUUAUCGCUCCACAAACGGCGGAACCCCUGGGUGUUUGUGUUUGAUUAGCAGUUUUUCUAUGUGCGCAAGGACGAGGCUCCCUCCGUCGGAUAUCAGUUCCGUUGCACGCGGAGGGUUCCCGCUGCGUCCCAUCUCCGCCUUCAACGAUGAAACCCCUACGCAACCUACUUUUGCGAGUUCGGGGCGGGCCCAUGAGGUAGGCACACCGCUAUGUAUGUAUCAUGGAUUUCUGGUCGAUUUCAUUGCUUAAAAGGAACUCAGGGCAUACUCACUCUACGACCUUUUCUACUAAGCUCUGGACAUGAUUGCGGUCAGAUUCGUCCUGGUCUGGCGGUUGCAGUUAGAUACAUUCAAGGAAGCGCUAGCGUGCGUAUGCCCUCCGAUUCUCUUCUGCGGGACACGAGAAGAUUUGCAAUUCAUUUUCAUAUUCUUCUUCUAGCUCUUUGACACGGGGACUAGAGGGGUGGGUACUAACCGGAACACACAACUCUUUUUGCUAAUCUUGGGCUGCGGCGAUC